AAACUGAUGAUAUAAAUUGAAUUGAUUCUUUUGUGUUGAACAUUAUAAAUCUUACUAUUUCGUUCUAAUGAGCAACCGUUUGUAUCUGGUCUUUUUAUAUGAUGCCAAACUCAAUGAGAUCAAGUACUAAAUGAAGCUAUAAUAACAAGCACCUAUAUUAUGUUCAAAUAGCAGUCACCCAAAGUGCUUUAUACAUGCAUUGUUUGAACCAAGCGGGAUUUAAAUCAAUUUUUGUGUGCUUUUUUUUCGUUUGUAAUGCCACUUAUCGCUUGAGAAGUUCACAAAGGUAAAACAUGUUAGCCAAAUACUUAUUCUUUUUUUUAAUGAAAAAUCAGAUAACCCUAUUUAAAGUCAGCCCUUUUAUUGAGCGGUGUGCAUUAAAACGUUAACCGAUAAUCCAUUCAACAUCUCAACCACCCGUUGGUCUAGAGGGUUGAUUAUGGGCCUCUGUGAGUAAAUGUAUAAAUAAUAACGUUUGUAUAUACAGCAUUUGAAGUCAGGAAUGUACAAUGUUAGAUAGUUUUGUGUACUCUGUAUACAGCAAUGAAUAUAUCACUUUCAACCAAUAACGUAGAAGUAAAUAAUAUAUAAUUUUGAAUGGGGCAUAACUCUAAAAUAUUUAUCCAAUUUCGCCUAAAAGAAAUGGGGAUUCAUGAACUAUCACCAUACAAGUCUUCUGAAAGUUUCAGAAAUAUUUGAUGAAUCUCUGUACAGCCAGGAAAAAAUGGAGGAGGGGAUGGGGGAGCAUUAUAGCGCUAAAAAUCCUAAUCUGACUUUGCCGAAAAGACAUGAUGAUACCCAUCUUGACAUGUUACACAUUUCCGGAAAGUAGACUGUAUGCAUAUAUUAUAAAAUCAUCGUUCCACUUUAUCGUACCACUUCAAGGACUCCACAUGCAGUUCUGGGAUUUACCGUUGAUUUCACUUCUGAACUGAAAACAUGCACUUUCAGUUGAAGGUGUCAAGAUGUAUUUUCGUGCUUCGAGAAUUUUAUAAUAGCUGAACCUUUCCAGCCACAUUUAAAAUACAAGUUCAUCAGUACAAAAGGAGUAAACAAGGCCUACAUUAUAAUCCAAACAUUGAUGUAAACAGGAGUGUGUGUAUUUAAUGAUUUUCUGAUUGGUUGAUAAUAAUAGCAGAAUCAUCAAGGCCAGUUAAUUUGAAUACGUGUCCUGCCCGUGGACGAACCCAGGGGUUAGUGGAGUGCAACGGAAUAAGACCACCGGGGAUACCAGGAACAUCGGAGGAUGAACUCUAUCGAUUUUCGGCGUACCACGCCGUUCCGUUCUGGAGUUCCACCUUUUGUGAAAAAAACCCUUUGCGAUAGAGGCUACAGCUUUUGGCAGGUUCUUGGACGAAGCCUAUUGAUAAUCAGCGUGCAACGAGCUCCCUUUCCGAGUUACCACCCUCUUUUCGAAAACCUUGCGCGAUAGAGGCUAUAGUUUUUAACCCCUAUUGUAAUAAUCGUAUCUAUAAGUGUAGAGAAGGAUUUAAAAAAACGCUAUCAGAAGGAUUAUUUAUCUGAUAUACACACGGAAAAGAUGAUCAAAAUCCUGAGACGACAGAUUUUUCAGAGAACAUACUUCACGUUUAUUUAAAUAUCAAUGACUACAAUUUUGGGUUGACAUUUCAUUCAACAAUUUCUCCAAACAUUUUCAUUAGUCCAGUCGAAGCAGAACAGACGUUAAACACCAUUUCAUUUCUAUUCUUCGCACAGGCGGGGUGACUAUAAUCAUGAUGGCCGAAGACGACAACCCCGGGGUCACGAUAGGAUUGAUUGUUUUAUUUGCCAGUUAGUCGAACCUUAUUUGAUUAGUGUAUUGAAUAAAAAAAGACAUUUUUAUAAAAAAAAUACCAAGAGUUUAUUUCAACAUAAUGUCAUUCGUUAAAUUUUGAAUCAUUCUCGCUUGAAUAUUGUAGGUUGAGUGUAUGAAUUACAAAGAACUUUAUGUUCACAUUCAUACAUGUACAGUAUAUGCAGUCUUUGCCUUUUCUAUCAAUGCAUUCUGCGGGAAAAUACCUUUCUUAACAACAACCUAUCAAGUUUCGAUUUAGAUCGAUAAUAGACAGGAAAUAUUUCUACACGAAUACACAAUAAUAAAAUAAGUAUACUUAAACUUAAAUUCAAUUGAAUUUUCGUCCUGAUCUGCGGACAUUUUGUUUUUGAAAUCGCGUAAAGGUAUCUCUGUGUUUGUCGAGUAGUUAUUGAACCUGUGAUUGGAAUUGGUUAUUAUUGGGACGUCUGCGGUGUAUCUGUUUGUGUUGUAUAAGUGCAUGGUUCACCCUUAUGUUCCCAGAGAAAUGACUAAAAGAAAAAAGGAUGCCUGCUAAUUGUGAAGUUAGAGACUGACAUCGAAAUUUGAUGUUUCCAGAGAAAUAAUUAAAGAGAAAAGGAUGCCUGUUAACCGUGAAGACUUUAAAGACAGUGAAAUUUGGUUGUUUUUGUUAGACGUCACCAUGGAGAUGAACAAAUACACGCCGAAAUAUGUUUGUGUGUUAUAACAUAUUCAUAAGAAUAAAUAGACAUAAAUAUGUCCCCCAAGCAAAAGUAUACCUGUCCGGAAAUGUGCUUCUCGAGAACGGGUCCCAAUAUCUGAGACACGAUAGGAUUGGGUGAUCCAGACGAUGGUUAAUAAAAAUGAAUUGUGUAUUUGUUGAUAGUGAUUAAAAUUCAUACACAGCAUUUUGAAUAUCACAUCUGUUCAAUUCUAAUAUAUUAUCAGUUAUUUGUGGUUUUAAAUGUAGAUAUAAUUAAAUUUGAAAUAUAUAAACAGAUAGCAGUUUUAAGUCCAGAGCCGACCUCCCAUAUCGUAUUCCUCAAUGGAUACAGGCCUAUAUUAAAAAGUAAAAUUCAACCAAGACCGUCAAGCUAGGAUACUUCGACCGUUGCUAUCCGAUAGCUAACAGAAACGUUAUCACACGUUUAUUCAUCGUAUACACAAUGGCAGUUAUGUUAUAAUUGAAUUGCAUUAUACCUUAUCUUAUACUUUAGAAUAGACAACAUUAAUCAAAAAUGCAGUGCUGUAACUAUAUUUCGAGCAGUUCUUUUCGUGGAGAACUAGAUGGGGAGGAAAUAUCUAGGGUACUGAAUGAAGUCAGUAAGGUUGAAGACGCAAAUCUACCAUACUUGAUGUUUAAGGAUAUUGAUACCCACGGGCUGAUUCCUGAUAAUGAAGUGGAUAUUCAGACUUCUGAAAUUUUAGAAUUUAUAAAGCUACCAGAGCAAUCAGAAUUACCGAAUGAAAGUUACCCAAACCAUCUCGGAUCUACUUUGAAAUCCGACACAAAAGCAUAUCCAGAAAUUCUAGAUUUGGAUUUAUACAGAAAUCAAACUUCUCGCACAGGAUAUCCGGAUUCUUGUAUAUCUAACUCUCAUUUUAACAAUAUUCUGAAAGAUUUACAAAUGUGUGACGACAACGCUUGUUCUUUAGCUCCAAGAAAACACUCUGGUUCUAAUCCAGUUAGUGACCCUAGUACAAUAAUUAACCUAUCUUGUGCGCCAAAUAAAACAGAUGAGUCUCACCAAGCACAAGUCAAGAUGGGAAAUUCUCUCAGUCAAAAAUCAGCCGAUACCAAGAAAAAUAUAAUUGACUCUCCAUUUGAGAAUCCCCAAAACGUCACACACAACAGAUCUGUAUUAAGAAAAAGACUGAGUAUUAAAAUAAAAGAAAGGAGAAAACAAGAAGGAAAGGAUGAAUUUAUUCCUGAUUUUAGUUCCAGGCCUACUUUCGAGCCUUCCGAUGAAGAAAAGAGAAAAUCCCAGGAUUUGAAAAUGAGGAACCUAAAAUCUGCCAACAGAAGCAGGGAUAACAUGAAGUUAAAGGUCAAGAAAUUAGAAGAGAGCAUACGCUAUUACGAAGAGAGUAACAGUAAAUUGGAAUCGAAGAUAAAAGAAUAUGAAAUGUUACUUGCUAACAGGAGACAGUGGCUGGUGCGACAUGGUGUUGGUGGAAACAUUGAUCCUAACUCGAACAACACUAUAAACAGAUGUUUUAAAUCCGGGAUAUCAAGCAGUAGCAAAGUAUAGACUUAAACAUGCAUUAUGCAAGAGCUAAAUCUACCUAUUGCAGGUCUUUCUUUGGGUCUGUAAUGUUAUCUCAAUUAUUAAUUAGACAUUAUUUAACUUAUACAGACCACAAUCGACUCUCGAUGCCAUUGUUACCCUGCGAUAUUUAGUGGAUUUGAAUACAUUUUGUGGAUAA